UGUACAUUUGCAAGCACAUAGUGAUGCAUCGUGAAAGGAUCUUAUAUUUGCUCCUGUGGCUGCUGUUCAGUGUCUACGCAGAGCCUCAAGAAACUCCAAUGGCUUCACACACCAGCGAGCGGCCGAUACUGGAGAAUCCUGCCUACGAUCCGACGAUUUAUCAUAAAUUCGUUCCACAGGACGCCGUUCAACAGUACGUCCACUCGUACACCGGUCACAACUAUCCGAUGUCGAACAAUCCAGCGUACGGUCCACCAUCGUCUUCAUCCUUCGAACCGACCGCCUACGCAGCAAUUCCGUCCAAAGGCUUCGAAGGUUAUCUCAUCCCAGCCGCAACGGCAGCUCUAGCUCCGGCUGAGCGUACCACCCUUUUCGGUUCGUUCCGUUCGCUAAUUCCGUCAGCCCGUUCGGUGGCAUCCUUCAUCGGUCAGUUGUUGUCUCUGGUGCUUGGAUCCGCUGGAGCCGUUGCAUUGGGAACACUCAUGACGGCAACGCUGUGCUUCUUCACGCCCUUCUGUACGCUGUCGUUCCGAUCCGGUCGAGGUUUGGCGAUUGCGGAAACUGCCCAGGAUGUGGUCAGCGCCAUAAGUGAACAAGUUACAGCCGAUCGAGUGAAGCGGGCUGCCGAGUUCGUGCAGGGCGCCAUCGACAAGUUUCAGAGGCUGAACCAGGCCGUGAAGCGGGCUACCGAAAUAAAGGCCGCAAUGGGAUUCGAUCAGCCCAGUCAGUGAUUUGGGUGUGAAAUGUCGAUUGGUUUGUAUUUGAUAAAGUAUAGUUUGAAAUAGUUGUAAAAUAAA